AUGUCAGAUGAGUAUAGUCAGACGGCAACGCUGGCAGCUCCAGGUCAUCACAAUGUUUGGUCACAAGUCUCGCUGCCACCAUCCACGCCAAAGGCUCUCGCCCAAGGUGUUCUGGACUACGCCCUGAAGCAGGUUUACGACAAGCUCAUGAGGCUGCGGUCACGGGCAAUCACACACGAAGUGUUCAAGCAAGACAGCAGUCAGGAGUUUGCCGCUAGACUCGAAGCCGAUCCAAAGAUUCCAGAUGAACCCGAGUAUGAAGAAGAGAGCUCGGAGAGCGCCAUUUCUAUACUGGUAUCGUCACCACCGAACAAGCCGACACCCAUUCCGCCAGGAACCAUGGAUCGUCCCACUCCGGAGGUCAGCUCUGCUAGACCUUUCUCUGGUCUCGACCCGCAGGCGGCAGAGUUCUCACCUACUCCGACGGCGAGACGCUGA